AUGCUAUCGCCGAUUUUGCCCAUGCCGGAAAUCCCCGUCGAUUUCCGCGCACCGCCGCCCUCUCCGGUGGCCUCCGGCAGGAUAUCCACCGUUACCAACGAUGAAGUUUUGACGGAGUUUCUAGAGGCCUCGCUCCGCGUCCCUGAUCUGGUACUGCCGGACAAGAUCUUCCCCAAACAGAAGCACCUCCACGCGCCUCCCGAGGUUGAUUUCGUGUCGCUAUGUUUCCACCGCGACGAGGCUCUCCGCGACGUCGUUUCCGACUCUCUCACCAGGAUCGGAUGCUUCCAGUUGAUCAACCACGGGAUUCCGUCACAGCUCGUGGCCGCCGCCGCCGAGACCGCCGGCGGCGUGUUCCAGGUUCCGCAUGGGAAGCGAACGUCGGCGACGAGGUCGCCGGAGAAACCUUGGGGAUUCGAGGAGUAUCACGCCGGAGAGGAGGAAGAAGAAGGGAGUGAAGAAUUCGUGUGGUGCAAGGAGGAGGAGUUGAAGUCGAAAAUGGAGGGAAUUUGGCCAACUGGAUAUCCAAAUUUCAGCGAAAAGAUGGAAAAGCUUAUGUCACGCAUAGAGAUGGUGGGUAUGAAAUUGUUGCCUGUGAUAUUGAAAAACAGAAGCAUAGAAUUUGUGGGUGGGAAUGAGAGUGGGACUCUCUGUUGCGUUUGUAAGCAUCAUGGUGAUAACAGCAGCGAUGGAUGGGCUAAUUCCUUGAAAUAUGAUGUGAUUAGGAUGCUGAUUAGGGGAACAGAUUACUCUCAUUCAUUGUGCUUCCAUGUCUGCAAUGGCUCUGCACAUUUUCACCUUUACUCCAAGAAAACUUGGCUCUCUUUCUGCCCUCAACCAGGUGCCCUUAUAGUUACUGCUGGAGAUCAAACCCAGAAAUUGAGUGGUGGAAAGUACAAACAUGUGAUUGGAAGACCAUUCUUUAGCGCAGAGAAUGAAGAGAGCAUUUCAAUGGCUUUCCUCUAUUCUACUCAGAACACCAAGAACAAUUUUGAAACCAGUAGGGGUAAAACCAUUUCACUUUCCCAGCAAGCCAUCUUGGCUUUAAUUCUGCCCCUUCUGUACCAUCUCAUCAUUUUUCUCUGCAAAAAACUUCAUUAA